AUGAACAAAAGCAGCUUCAUUCCUAUCUUUACUUUAUCCAAUGGAAUGGUAUUUCAAAUUCAUUACUGUUUAUUAGAUUGGAUCAGCUCCUAUAGUACUUCCUGUUUUGUAUAAUCAAUAUGGGUUCUUAAAUGGAGUAGUUUUCUCUUUCAUCAUAUGUUUGACAUCCUGUAUUACAUGUCUGAUUGUUAAGAAAUAUCAUCUAAAAAAAGAAGUCUUAAUACUAGUUUAUUAUAGGUUGACUUACAAUUUCUGAUUAAUCGAAUUUUAGGACCCAAAUUUUAAACAUCAUUCAAUUUCAUAACAAUCAUCUUUUACAUUGCUUGUGCAUAAAUUUAAGUAAUAAUUUCUUGUUCACUCAUUUAUUCUGUGAUAUCCUUAUUUGUUAACUCAGCUCCAUAAGUAAGAUAAUAUAGAUAUAAUAUUAGAAUGUAUUCACUUUUAGUUAGUUCUCAUACUAAAUUCUUGGAAUGAUUUACAUUCUUAUUUUGUUACCUACAUUUUUUAUCAAAGAUAUUACACCAUUACUUAAACUACCUACUUAUGCAUCUUUAGCAACACUUUUAGCUGUUAUUUUCAUUAUUUUCUAAGGUUCCUAAUCACCAACUAUUUCUCUAUGGAAAUCAAAUGAUGUAUAAAUAGUUCCUUAUUAUUAUAUAGAUUGCUGUAUUACCUAGUGUGUUUUAAUUAGCCUUUUUGGGUCAUAGUUUAGUGGUUCCACUUCUAUCUAAAUCAGAAAGUAAACACAAAUCAAGAGAUAUUAUAAUUGCCUAUAUCUUAACAUUUACAAUUUAUUAAGUUGUUGGUCUUUUUGGUAGUUAUGCACUAUUUGAAAGAAAACCAUAAGAAGGAUUAUCUGGAUUUACAAUUUUAGAUUAUUUUCCAUAAUCAUAAUUAUUUGUAAUUAUUCUACAAGUAAAUAAUAAAUAAAUUAAAUAGAUUCUAUUAUUUAUUUAAAUUAGUUUGCUUCUUCCAAUUAUUUAAUAUGUAGCUAGAUUAAGAUUUUUUGCAUUCUUCAAUGCUAAAAAUCCUAAACCUUACAUGCUAAUUAUUUUUUCAUUUGUAUUUGCAUUUAUUUGUUUAUUUUUUGAAAUGAUGAAUUUAAAUUUAGAAAAUUUAAUAAGUUACACAGGGUAAUUAUAUAAUAAUAAUAAUAAGUGCAAUCAUAGGAACUAUAAUAGGAUAUAUUUUACCAAUUGCUUGUCAUAUUAAAAUGAAAUAUUUUAACAAUAAAAAAGUUUAAGAAUUGAAUUUGAUUGAAUCAAGUUAAGAAUUAUAAACAAAAAAAAUUGGAAAAUUAGAAAUCUUAUUAGAUUGUUUAGGUUGUGGAAUAAUUUUAUCUAUUGGUUUAAGUGUAUUGGUGCUUAGAUUUAUUUAUGUAUGA